AUGCCAGUGGACAUGCAGCCACACCAGGGGCUGUAUCACUAUGAGACCUCACCCAGCCACCCCUCCAGAGGCAUAGUCCCAUCGGACCAGUCUCCCUACAGUGAUGUGUCCCCGCUGCGUGCCCCGCUCCACAACGGGCCUCCUCAGGACUGCAGAGCUAUGUAUAAUCCCAUGACUCCCAGUAUGACUCAUGGAUCAGGAUCAGGACAGGGGAUUGGCCACUGCUUGGAUCAAUAUAUGAGGCCCCCUCACGCCCCUCCGCCACACAUUAUGAUGUGCCCCAGGGGCAUGCCGCCCACAGAGGGUGAGUCAGACACCCCCUACUGUAACCAGAACAACAUGAUGUCCUCUCAUCAUAACUUCUGCCAAGUUCAGUCUGGCUCUGAUCAGAUUGGCUCCGGUGAUGGCUCAAGGUUCUCCACUCCUCGCUCCAUUCUGAAACUGAGUAAGAAGAGAGCUCUGUCCAUAUCCCCUCUGUCUGAUGCCAGUGUAGACCUGCAGACCGUCAUCCGGACAUCACCCAACUCCCUGGUGGCCUUUGUCAACUCUCGCUGCAACAUAAAUGGGGGCAGCUCUUAUGGUCAUCUCUCUGUGAGCGCCAUGAGUCCAUCCUUGGGCUAUUCCAGCAAUAUAAACUGCCAAUCCAGGCAACAGGUCUCCAUGUAUGGAGGAGGCGGGGGGACGCCUCUGGGUGGACACACACCAGGUCCCUGCCAAGGUUCCCGCUUGCCUCCCCAUAAUCCUCGGCUCCACGCUCUCCCCAAGCAUGGACAUCUGAAGACAGAGCCAGGGAUGGUAGGUGUGAUAGAUGGCAUGAAUGUGAAGAGCCUGGAGGAGAGAUCAGAGGGAGAUGUGGCAAGCCCCUCUUCCACUGGCACUCAGGACCCUCUCCUGGGUCUACUGGAUGGCAGAGAUGACUUGGACAAGGAGGACGGGAAACCUGAACCAGAGGCCGUCUACGAAACCAACUGCCACUGGGAGAGCUGCAACAAGGAAUUUGACACACAAGACCAACUUGUUCAUCACAUUAACAAUGAGCACAUCCACGGAGAGAAGAAGGAGUUUGUGUGUCACUGGCAGGAGUGCUCUCGAGAACAGAGGCCUUUCAAAGCCCAAUAUAUGCUGGUGGUUCAUAUGCGUAGACACACAGGAGAGAAGCCACAUAAGUGCACUUUUGAAGGCUGUAAUAAGGCCUACUCUCGCCUGGAGAAUUUAAAGACCCACCUGCGCUCUCACACUGGGGAGAAACCAUAUGUCUGUGAACAUGAAGGCUGCAACAAGGCCUUCUCCAAUGCUUCGGACCGGGCCAAGCACCAGAACCGAACUCACUCCAAUGAGAAACCUUAUGUGUGUAAGAUCCCUGGCUGCACUAAGCGUUAUACAGAUCCAAGCUCUCUGCGUAAACACGUGAAGACAGUGCAUGGCCCUGAGGCCCACAUCACGAAGAAGCAUCGAGGAGACACAGGCCCUCGACCGCCUGGCUCAGCUAUGACCCCUGGAGGCCAGAACUCUGAACUGCUGCUGGAGAAAGAAGAGACACGACGAGAAGACUGCAAACUGUUGGCUCCUGAGACUGCUCUGAAAUCCCAGCCAAGCCCUGGUGGUCAGUCUUCCUGCAGUAGCGAACGUUCUCCACUGGGGAGCACCAACAACAAUGACAGCGGGGUGGAGAUGAACCUAAAUGCAGCAGGCAGUCUGGAAGAUCUCACAGCACUAGAGGAUGGAGUAACAGUUGGAGGAGGAGGGGGGGAGCCAGGUAGUGUAGGGGGGCCACUGGGAAUGUCAGCACAGGCUCUAAAGAGGCUGGAGAACCUAAAGAUUGACAAACUGAAGCAAAUCCGCAGGCCUACCCCUCCCAGCCGCUGUGUCAACAACAAGCUGCCUGCACUUCCUGGUCCAGUAGAGCCUAUGGGGAUGUGUGCAGCCUCUCCACUUCUCUCAAAUCGACGUGUUAUGGAGCUGUCCAACCAUGAGUUAGGAGGUGGAACUUCAAUUGGUUGCACUACUAAUGACAGGAGAGGAAGUGGCACCAGCAGUCUCAGCUCCGCCUAUACUGUGAGCCGUCGGUCCUCUAUGGUGUCUCCUUACUUGUCCAGCCGGCGCUCCAGUGAGAUCUCACAAAUUGGAGGACCUGGAGGGGGAGGAUGCCACCUCUUAGGCCCAGAUCAGGGAGGGGGAGACACCCUCUCUCCUGAGACCAAUCGCAGAGGACCUCCAUGUCCUGGAGGUGGAUUGCCAGGUCUUCCUAAUUUAACACCUGCCCAGCAAUACAGUCUAAAGGCCAAAUAUGCCGCAGCAACUGGGGGACCACCACCCACUCCUUUACCCAAUAUGGAGCAGCCAGGCACUCCAAGCAGAAGAGGUAUUUUGAAUGAAUACCAGGGGCAGCCUCUGCCUGCUUUCCUUCAGCAAGGUGGUCUGCGUAGGCACAGUGCCAACACAGAGUAUGGUACGGGUGUUAUCUACCCUCACCAGGCUCCGGGUAACAACAGCAGGCGAGCCAGUGACCCAGUGCGAUCGGCAGUCGAUCCACAAGCUCUCCCUAAGCGCUUUAAUAGCCUGAAUAAUGUAGCCAUGAUGGGCAGAAGGAAUGCACUGCAACACCGUGGCUCUGACACCAGUAUUGCUCGCCACCUGUUAUCCCCUCGGCCACCUAAAAUCACAGAGAAUGUAAUGAUGGAGGCUAUGGGUAUGGAGUCCCACCUUGCCCCUGUGGAUGCCAGGGAUCGUUCCAUGAUGAUGCCAUUCAGGGGAUAUCAGCAACAGCAUCAGACCAUUGGAGGGGGAGGUGGAGGACCUCUUUCAAACCAACUGUCUCCUAGCCACGAUUCUCUUGGCUGCCCAGACCAAGGUUACAUGCAGGGGCACUACCAGAACCAGGGAGGGGAAGUUGCUUCCAGGGCUAGUGGAAAUCCAGUGGGCCAAGCAAGACCUAUUCACCCAGAAGGCAUGUCUAAUACACUUCUCCAACAGACUGAGUAUAGUAUGAGCACCUGCCAGCUAAGUCCCUCUGGCCCCCAUUAUCCUAGCUUAGGCCAAGGUGCUGAUGCUGGAGCUGGUGCAGGCCCUUGGAGUGAUACCCACAGCCAGGUCCAAACAUCUAGCCAUGCUCUCCAGAACCAGCGAGGGAUGCAGUAUUCAGACCCUAGCAUGCCACCUCAACAGAUACAGGCCCACUUCAACAAUCAGACAGGCCUCUAUAACAGUCCAGAUGCAACCCACAAACUCACCAUCAAACCUGAACAUCACUUCCACCCUUUGAUGGGAGGUGGAGAUGCCUGUCAAAGUUCUAAGCUCCAACAGCAGCGGCUGCUCACCCAGCAGUCUCAGGGUUACCCACAACAGACAGGCCAGGUUAUGAUAAGGAACGCUAAUAAUCCCAGCUGUGACUUUCAAGGACAGAACCAGAACUUCCCCAGUGGAGGGGGCUUGAGUUUGGGCUGCGCUGGAUCGGCACUGUCUGAGGGGCAAAGAUCAGAAACCCCCAUGAUGCAGGUUAAGGAGAUGAUGGUGAGGAACUAUGUUCAGUCCCAGCAAGCACUCUUGUGGGAGCAGCAACAAGAACAGCAACAACAGCAGCAGCAGAGUGGGAUAAAACCUCCUCCUCUUUCUGAUAAUACGGAUAUGACUGGCCAGACAGCAAUGAUGCAGCACAGUCCACAGCACCAAAACCAGAACCUUUACUCCAGCCAACCUUAUCCUUCCUACCCCAACCAGAACCUGGUCAUGAGUCCCCAGGCCCAUAGCCGAGGGUCCAGCACUGUGACACCUAAAGACCAACAGGUGACUGGUCUCCAAGGCUCAUGCUAUAGUCAGGAGAUGGUGGUCCCCAGGCCCCCUCAGGGACAGAAACCUCUCCUUCGCCAGAACAGCCUGUCACAGGUAGCAGGAGUCUACUUAGGUAGCCCACCCCACCUCAGUCCUGUCCACUCCACUUCCAGCCCCAGACGAGCGGUCCGACUGCCUCCAGUCCAACAUCCACAGCACCCACAACAUGAAAUGUUCUCUCCUUCCAAUAAUAACAACACAUACUACUCGGGUCAGAUCAACAUGGAUAUGGAUAAUCACAUGGACCCGCAGAAUGGGCCUUGUCUCAGCCAGCAGCUUGUAAUAGGGUCAAACCUAGACCUAACAGGUGGAACUAAGCCUGCCCCCCUGGCUCCCUAUCCUGAGUCCGGCCCCAUCUCCAAUGCCUUAGAAAACCUGGAUCUGGACAAUGCUCGCAUAGACUUCACCUCUAUCAUCGAUGAUGCAGAUUCUUCCUCAUUCAGCCCAGUCAACAAUCCCCUUCAGGGUCAGCCAGGGUCUUCCUCCCAGGCCUUGUCCCGACUCACCACCCCCCAGACUUCUGUCAGCCUACCUGGCGGCUCCGGUCUGUCCAACAUGGCUGUUGGUGACAUGACGUCUAUGCUUACCUCACUGGCUGGGGAAAAUAAAUACCUGAACACACUGUCUUAG